AUGGACCUCUCAAGCCUCGACCAGCGGGUGCGAGACACCAUCCAGAAGCACUCGUCCGACAAUAUCCCUUUCCGCGCCACCACUAGCCACGCUCACAAGACCUGGGCUCGCACCUUCACCAGCAAGCCAGAGCUGUAUAUCCGCCCGCAGUCCGUCCAGGAGGUCCAGAAGGCCGUCAAUCUCGCCCGUCAGUGCAGACGGCGCAUUACUACCACAGGCGCAGGCCACUCGCCCUCCGACCUGACAUGCACGUCGUCGUGGCUCGUCAACCUCGACGACCUGCGUGAUAUCAUCCAUCAUGACACCGACACAAACAUCGUCCACUUCCAGGCCGGCAUCCGCUUGUGGCAGCUCGGCGAGGAGCUCGACCGCAUGGGCCUUGCCAUGCCCAACCUGGGCAGCAUCAACGAGCAGUCCGCCGCCGGCGUCAUUUCUACCGGCACUCACGGCUCAUCCCUGCGCUACGCGCUCAUCAGCCAGUCUAUCGUGGAGCUCAUGAUCGUCACUGCCGACGGCCAGGCCCGCACGUGCAGCCGCACCAAGGACAACGAGCUUUUUCGCGCCGCGCUGCUGUCGCUCGGCGCCCUGGGUAUUAUCGUCGAGAUCAAGUUCCAGACCUCCCCGGCCUACUCGCUCAAGUGGACCCAGACCAUCGACUCCGACGCCGUCAUGUUCCGCGACUGGGCCUCCACCCUCUGGGACCGCGGCCACUUCGUCCGCGUCUGGUGGUUCCCCUAUACCCGCCGCUCUGUGGUCUGGACCGCCAAUGUGACCACUGAGCCGCAUCGCGACCCGCCGCGCAACGGCUACGACGGCACCCUGGGCUACCUGGUGUACCACAACCUCCUGUGGCUGGCCCAUUACGUGCCGCGCAUCCUGCCGUGGGUUGAGUGGUUCGUCUUCGGCUUGCAGUACGGCUUCCCCAACGAGAGCACCACCUCCGCCAUCCAGCCGCAGCGCAAGGCCCUGCUCAUGAACUGCCUGUACAGCCAGUACGUCAACGAGUGGGCUAUCCCACUGAGCAAGGGGCCCGAGGCCAUCAGGAGGCUGUCGUGCUGGCUCAACAACCUGCAGCCGGGCGACCGCGACUACUGUGAGCACCGCAUCCCCUUCAGCAGCCGUGGCCUGUGGGUGCACGCGCCCCUCGAGGUACGUGUGACCGACACGUCGCGCUUCCUGGCCAACACGGACGGCAGCGGCGUCGAGCAGCGGCCGUACCUGGACCCCACGUGCAAGGACGGGCCGACUUUGUACCUCAACGCGACCUUGUACAGGCCCUAUGACUUGGACCCGCCGUCGCUGGAGCGCUACUACGAGGCGUUCGAGUGGCUGAUGCGGGACCUCGGCGGGAAGCCGCACUGGGCCAAGAACAUUUCCAAUGUCAACGUCAAGGACAUCGAGAACAUGUAUGGCGAGGACCUCGAGGCAUGGAGGGCGGUUAGGGAUAAGGUGGACCCCAGGGGCUUGUUCGUUGGCAGUUGGCACCGACGGUAUGUGCUUGGCGGCGAUAGCCCGCUGCCGUUGGAGGAGAGGGAGGAGAACAAAGUGUUGACAAAAGGAAAGGGGUGGUUCUGGCAGGGAAAGAUGGCGGAGAACUGA